GUGAGGCGCUGAAGUCUUUCGAUACUUUUGAUUGGGUUUCAGAGACUGCGGGUUUUGAAGUGAUAGUCGGUACGCGGGAUAGGGAGAUAUUUCUGGGAAGAAUGGCUGAACAGAUAAAUGAGAGCCACCAGCGGUUCCUUCAGGUGCUCAUGUCCCAUGGCAUUAUGGAAAGCUCACUUGUAAGGGCACUGCACAGACAUUGUUGCGAGGUCCAUAAAGUUAACUACAUGCAUGACAAUUUAGAUGACUUUGUUGGUGUCUUAAAUAAACAUCUUCAGCCUCUGUUUAUGAAGAUAGAAAAAGGAGUAGGUGAAGAGGAUGGACUUACAUACUACGCAUUGGUGAACCGUGUAGAAAAUGAUAUUACAAAAAUGGCUUCAGAUUAUGCUGAAAAUGAGUUGGAGCUGUUCAGAAAAACAAUGGAGUUAAUUAUUAUAUCUGAAAAUGGAUUUGCACCUUCCAUAAGUAUUCUCAACCUUGCUGAUGAGCUGCAAAGCAAGAAGAUGAAGAAGAAAGAAGUUGAACAACUGCUGCAGAGUUUUGUGCAGGACAAGUGGCUGAUUGGGAGAAAUGGAGAAUAUACCCUUCACACUCGCUGCAUUAUGGAGUUGGAACACUACAUACUGAACACAUACCAAGACGUUGCCAAAAUUUGCAAUGUCUGUCACAAAAUAGCUAUUCAGUGCCAGUUAUGUGAGAAUUGUGGAAUCCCAUUGCAUUUGCAGUGUGCUGGAAUAUACUUCCGUGGAAUAGCCAACCCGCUCUGCCCAAAUUGCAAAGAGUCAUGGCCUCAUGAGAUUCCAGAUUUAAGCCAAGUCAGCUCACAAGGACCGUCCCAUUCCCAGGCAGCGCCAGUCAGAGGUCGGAACCAGAGAAGCAGGAACAUUUCCACAGUCGCAAGAACAAGUCGAUAGGAACUUCAUAGUCAAUCGCACUGUAUUUGUAUGUUUUGUAAUAAAAGUUUGACCAGACAAGAAAAUAUUCUCUACAAAGAGCACUAGAGCGGGAAAACCAAAGCAAAAUGUGAAACCACAUUUUAUUCCAGUGUAUACUGUAUAUAUGUAUAUAUGGUUUUGUUAUUUGUCAUGUUGCUGGCCCUCUGCUGUGCAUUUAGUUGCCACAUGAAAGGGUCAUUUAUGUUGCAUAUGUGACAAAGUAAAAGAAACAGAUUAAACUGUACUAUGUGUAUACCUGUUUAUCACAUGGUCAAAGUUUUGACAAUGGUGCAGAAAACUCUCUUCUCUGACUUUAAUCAACUUAUUCAUGGAUCUGGCUAUGGCAAACACUGACAGGGAAUGCCAAUGUAAGUUUUCCUGAGCAAUCCCUGCCUGAGUUAGCCAUGAACAUGAAUGGAAAGUGGAUUCUACUUGGAUCAACUGUAAGUUUUCAUUGCUAUAAGUAUAUUCAGUUCUUUAUUAAAUGCUUUGUUCAGAGUUGAAUUAAA